AUGUCGAAGGGAGAGUUGAAUUAUUUUCCUUCUUUUCCAGCUGUUGUCUAUUACAGCGGUUACAAUGCAACUCCAAUUCUGGAGGAAUGUUUAUGCAAACUAAACUACAACACUCAACAACGGAUUCUUCAUAAAAGGAAACGAAUUUUCUUCAUUCCUCUCAGUGUCCUGGCAUCAGAACCAGGCUUUCAUUUAACACCAAACUAUCAGAUCUAUAUGUUUGGUGAUGAAAUCAAUUUAAGGUGCUGUCAUCACAGUUCUGACUUUAUUUGGCAACUCCGGUUUUACCGAGAAGAGACAGAGAUUCGUUCAAUCCAAAAUUCUUCAGACAUUUGCUCGGAGCACUCAUUUGUGAUCCAGAAACUGCAAGACAGAGGACCGUACCAUUGUGCAAUCUGGCCAAGUGAUAAUGGAAUAAAUGCAGAGCCCAGGAGGAGUCAGCCCAUUACUAUGAAUAUUACAGAAUCCCCUCAAGCUCCAGUCAUAUCUUUGAACCCCUCAUACCCUGUGUAUUUAGUGGGAGAAGAAAUCACUGUGACGUGUUUGUCUCCUGGUAACAAGGAAGUGUCAGGGUUCCACUUUUAUAAGGAGGGCAAAGAAAUCCACCCAACUGGCAAACAGACAGACAGAUAUAUAAUAACAUCAGGGCAGGAGACUGCUGGGAGUUACAAGUGUGGAUAUCGGGAAAUAUUAAAAGAAAGAGAAAUACAAUCUGAACUAAGCUCUCCUAUAGAUAUUAAAGUUUCAGUUGCAGAUUAUACUGUUAUUUGA